AUGCCAGUUGAGUCUGAUGAUUUUGAAACCACGGUAUUGCAGCGCCACAUUAACCUGGAGAAGGUGACCAUCACCCGGUUUGACGUCCGUGGGCAGAUUCGGACGAAUACUCAAAGUUGUUGCAAGAGGGAAGUUGGUGUGAGGUACACGUUCAACGAGUGGCUGUCUUCCGUGGACGCGCAGGCGAUACCCAUGCCCGUGGGUGACAAUAUUGUCGGUGAGCGUUAUACCUUUACCUUGUACACACCUCCGUUCCUAGACCCAGCUUCCUCAGUGCACUUCGCCGUGUACAUCAGGAAUGACCAGGGCGAGUUUUGGGAUAACAACAAUGGACAAAACUAUACUUUGAAAUAUCACUGUACAGGUAUGCUGACCUACAAGAGGGCAGCUUUUCAUGCCAUCUGA